AUGACUCUAAGCGGAGUCUUAACCGCAUUCUCUGCCAACAUAUGGAUGUAUACCGCUUUGAGAUUUAUCAGUGGAUUUGGUAGGUCAACAAUUGCCACCUGUGCACUUGUUUUGUCCGCAGAACUUGUUGGGAAAAAAUGGAGAGGAAAUGUUGGGAUCAUAGGAUUCAUCGGUUUUCCUUUCGGAUUUCUUUCUUUACCUGGUAUUGCUUAUCUGACCAAAGGUUCCUCGUGGGGACUCCUUUACUUGUGGACUUGCAUUCCACCAGUAUUUUACUCUGUGUUAUUGUAUUUUCUAGCUUGUGAAUCUCCUCGAUAUCUUUAUAUCAAGGGCCGGAAGGAAGAUUUCGCUAAAACACUGAGAAGUAUUGCUGCACCUGCGAAUCGGGUCUUAACUGACAACUUCGUCGACAGGUGCAUUAAGUGGGAAGACGAAUUGCAAGAAACAGACUAUUACUCCGCAAUAAAGAUGUUAUUACAAACAUCUUGGGCCUCACGGCGACUUGCGUCAGUUAUGGUGGUUGGCUUCGGAGUUAGCAUGAUUUAUUUUGGCAUGCCUUUAAGCCUUGGCAACUUCGCAUUUGAUCUAUACUUGAGUGUGGCACUAAAUGCUUUUAUACAAAUUCCAGCUGCCUUGAUUAUAUACUUUCUUAUUGGGAAACUGAACAUGAAGUUCUCGGUACUGGGAUUGGCUAUAUUGAGUGGAAUUUGUAGUGUAACAUGUGUGUUGAUUAGGAAGAAGGGAAUGCAAAUAGGACUAGAAUUGAUAUCAUAUUUCUGCGGGAUCGCUGCGUUAGAUUUGUUUAUGAUUUAUACAUUGGAGUUGUUUCUGACAUGCACGAGAAACUCGGCUGUUUCAAUGUUGAGGCAGGCAAUGAUGUUAGGUGGGGUUUCUUGCCGAUCUUAG